CCUGCCGCCGCCGCCGCCGCCAUGGUGAAGGAGACCACCUACUACGAUGUGCUGGGCGUGAAGCCCAACGCGUCCGCCGAGGAGCUGAAGAAGGCCUACCGCAAGCUCGCGCUCAAGUACCACCCGGACAAGAACCCCAAUGAGGGCGAGAAGUUCAAGCAGAUCUCGCAAGCUUACGAAGUGCUGUCGGACCCGAAGAAGAGGGAGCUGUAUGACAAAGGAGGCGAGCAAGCUAUCAAGGAGGGCGGCUCCGGCGGCGGCUUCGGGUCGCCCAUGGACAUAUUCGAUUUGUUCUUCAGCGGAGGGAGGAUGCAGAGGGGGGAGAGGCGAGGUAAAAAUGUGGUCCACCAGUUGUCAGUAAGUUUAGAAGAUAUGUACAAUGGUGCAAUGAGGAAACUUGCACUGCAGAAAAAUGUUAUCUGUGACAAGUGUGAAGGUCGUGGUGGUAAGAAAGGUGCAGUAGAAUGCUGCCCUAAUUGCAGGGGAACAGGCAUGCAGAUCAGAAUUCACCAGAUUGGGCCAGGAAUGGUGCAGCAGAUCCAGUCUGUGUGUAUGGAGUGUCAGGGGCAUGGGGAGCGUAUCAGCCCCAAGGACCGGUGUAAGAGCUGCAAUGGCAGAAAAAUUGUUCGAGAGAAGAAGAUCCUGGAAGUUCACAUUGACAAAGGAAUGAAGGAUGGUCAGAAAAUAACAUUCCAUGGUGAAGGGGACCAAGAGCCAGGUCUGGAGCCAGGGGAUAUUAUUAUUGUCUUGGAUCAGAAAGACCACUCUGUAUUUACAAGACGAGAUGAAGAUCUACUUCUGUCUAUGGAUAUUCAGCUGGUUGAAGCACUAUGUGGCUUUCAAAAGCCCAUCACAACGCUGGAUAACAGAACUAUUAUUAUUACCUCCCGUCCUGGCCAGGUUGUUGAGCAUGGGGCUGUUAAGUGUGUGUUGAAUGAAGGUAUGCCAAUUUAUCGCAGACCAUAUGAAAAAGGACGUCUGAUCAUAGAAUUCAGGGUGAUCUUCCCAGAGAGUGGCUUCCUUUCCUCAGAUAAGCUGUCCUUACUCGAAAAACUGCUACCUACAAGGCAGGAGAUAGAAGAAACUGAGGAGAUGGAACAGGUGGAAUUAGUGGACUUCGAUCCAUCUCAAAAGCGAAAACACCACUAUAAUGGAGAAGUGUAUGAAGAUGAUGAGCAUCAGCCUAGAGGUGGUGUUCAGUGCCAGACAUCAUAAAUGGGCCAGUGAAUAACUUGUGAUGCUUGUUUUGUAUGCAGUAGUGGAUGAGUGAAGGACUACAAGCAGUUUGCCCUCACCUGCUAUUUGUUGUUCUAUCCAGCCAUAGUCAUUUCUAAAAGCAUAAAGAAAUAAACUAAGUAAUUAAAC